AAAAUUGCGAUGGCCAUGGCUUGGCCAUCGCAAUUUUUAAUUACUUUUGAGACUGGAAAUAAACAGGAAAGUGAUGGGUUUCAGUAUGAAGUUACUAAUUAUGACUGUGCUAUUUUACCAUGGGAGCUGUGAGGACACGGUGACUGUGAGGGAGCCCCCCGCACCCCCGGCGCCCCCCACCAACAGGAUCGUCGGGGGACACCCCACCACCAUCGAGACAUACCCUUACAUGGCGUAUUUAGUCUCACAUUAUACGAAUUUCCGGAAAUUUCUGAGGGACCAAGCAGACCAUCUGGAGUCGCUUGACCCUGGCCAGCCUAAUGGACCCAGUGACGCCCAUAUGAACUCCGCGAGGAAGGCUUCAAGGAUCAGACAGAAAUGGUUCAAGGACUGCGGGGGCGUGAUACUCACACAGCACCACGUGCUCACCGCUGCGCACUGCUUAUUCCAAAAAAUCAAAGACACUACAGCUGUUACUGGCACUACCAUCUUGAGGGCAUCUAAAGUUGUCAUUCGCGUCGGAUCCACCUACAAUGACCGCGGAGGCUCAAAGCAUGCGACGUCCAAGACUGUGGUCCACGAGGACUACAAAUAUUUGAAGAGUUACGACAACGACGUGGCAGUGUUGGUGCUGCCGACCAGUGUGAGCAACUACAAGAGCAGCUCGGUGCAGCCAGCCGUCAUCCCCCCGGGGGGGUAUGUGGUCCCGGACAACGCGUCUGUGGUAGCUGUCGGGUGGGGACAGACUGAUAUGAAAUGCAUCAAGUCAAACCCCCUCGGCCUGCGGCACGUGGGGCUGCGCACGGUGGACCGAGACACCUGCGGCGCGCGGUGGGGGGCUCCAACCGCAGACUCCAUGCUCUGCGCGGCGCUGCUUGAUGUUGGAGGAGCCGGUAUUUGUACGGGUGACUCCGGUGGUCCCCUGGUGUACAACGAGGUGGUGGUGGGGGUGACCUCAUUUUCGAUGACAUGCGACGAUUCCUUCUACCCUCAAGUGUUCACACGCGUCUCUAGCUACACCAACUGGAUCAACAACACUGGAGCUGUGAGGACAUGGUGACUGUGAGGGAGCCCCCCGCGCCCCCCGCCAACAGGAUCGUCGGGGGACGACCCACCACCGUCGAGGCAUACCCAUACAUGGCGUAUUUAAGAUCAUUAUGUACGGUAGGUACUGCUGCUUUACCAGACCCACCGACAUAAUUAUGGAAGCUUCGUUUGGAGCUGUCAACGCGAGCAAUGAAAAGGUUAAAUUUUCAUAAUACCGACACCAAACAGGGAAGUAAUGUUGAUGUGACUGUGACCGUAGGUACACAGUUGUACGGGUAAGGUCAGUGCGUCUCAGUAUGUUCGAGAAAUACUUCUCAAAUGUUCUAAAAAUUAAAAUAAUGAAGGUAUUCA